GCUUUACACAUCCAGUUAUCCACCCAUUCACACACUGGUGAUGCUGGUAAUGCUGUCCUCUUAUUUGGCAGUUAAUAUACAUUUAUAUAAUAUUAUAUAUAUAUUACAUCUUUUAUUGAGCUGUGUGAUGUGAACUGUUGGCUUUUUCUUUAUUUUAUUUUUUGUUUUGAUUUCUUUUUUGCUUCAUCGGCUGGAUAAGUUAUUCUGUGGAGGGAGAGACUGAACGUCUCGAGCAACGAACAUGUUUGUUCUCAUCUGGUCGGCUCUGUUUGUCUCUGUAAAAGGCAGCAUUGCUGACAUAGGUGCUUCAGCCUGGGGACGACAACACUGUGAUAGAAAAUACUGUGUUACUCUGAGUGAGCGAGAACUAACAGCAGAGGCUGGACUCUGUGUUGUGAUCCCGUGUUCUUUCACUACUGCUGAUGAGUUUACACCCGAACAUAUAGUUUGGUACAAAUGUGAAGCAUCUCAACACAGGUGCAGUGAAGCUGACAUAAUAUUUCACAGCAACAAAAACACAGACAAAAAAGCUCAGGCUGCGUUUGAAGGACGAGUCUCACGUUUGGAGCCUGAUGUGACUCAAAAAAACUGCAGCAUCAUCAUUAAUGAUCUCAAAGAGUCUGAUUCAGGAUCAUAUCAGCCCAGAGUUACUGGUGAACUGAAUGGAAAACAAGGUGGAUUCACAUUCAUUCCAAGAGUAACUGUCUCUGUUAAAGGUCUUAAUCUGAAGUCUGCUCAUAGAUAUAAAGCUCACUGGCAUUAUAAGUCUGAGGAAGGGUGA